AUCGCUUUUCGAUAAAUCCGCCCUCCUCGUGCGUGUUCCUGUUGAGAAACAGGUCGUGCUGAUAGAAAUCUCAAAGUGCAUUCAUACCCGUUAAGCUACUGCAACGAUGAGUGGUCUAAGUGAACGUGAAAAGAAAAAGCGUGACGAGCAGAAUGUUAAAAUCUUGCAAGAACUUUUGGCUUUGCCCGAGAAUCAGGCGUGUGCUGACUGUGGAGAAAGAGGACCCCGCUGGGCGUCGUCCAACCUGGGAGUCUUUCUAUGCAUCCGCUGUGGAGGAUUGCAUCGAAAACUGGGUACUCACAUCUCCAAAAUCAAAUCGGUUACCCUCGAUUCAUGGACUCCUGAGCAGAUUCAGGUCAUGAGAGACUGGGGAAAUAAGAAAGCCAAUGAAAGGUUUCUUGCUGGUGGAGGCCCGGUUGUACCAUCCCACAGUGAUUACGACAUGGAAAUGUACAUUCGCAACAAGUACGAGAAAAGGACGUUUGAGAGUCCUGGCGGAGCGGCUCGUAUCCAAGAUGCCAACCUCGCCAGAGAUGCCACUGUCUAUGCCGCCCAAUUGCGUACCCUAGCUGGCAUGGGAUUCCACGACCAAGCCCGCAACAUUGUGGCAUUGAAGCGUUCGAAUGGCAACAUUGACUCUGCCGUCGAAUUGAUAGUGUCUCUGCAGAGAGGAGACGGGGGACAGAGCAGUGCAGCUGGCGGAUCUAAGAAUGCAAGCAGGUCGGGUACGCCGGGACCGUCGUCAGUACGUGACACCGUUCACAACCAGGCGAGAAACGCCGUUCAAGCCGCUCUUAUAUCUCUUCAAGCCAUGGGCUUCAACAAUGAGGAAGAGAACCUUCAAGCCCUCAGAGCUACCAAUGGACAGUUGGAUGCUGCCGCCAACAUGCUACUAGAUGCAAGGAACAGGAGAAUGUCACAACAGAUAAGUGCAAGCGCUCAGCCGCCGGCCCUUCCACCCAGAAACGAAUCUAUAGCCGCCAAUCCCAACUUUGUGCUUGAACCGCCCACAUCUGCGAACCGAGGAAACAGGGUACAAAGACAACAGGUAGCUGGGCAACAACAACAGCAACAACCUUCACAGCCAUCCCAAUCUCAAAAUGAUCCAUUCGGAGGGUUUGGAGGCGAUUUGUUCAGUGCUCCCCAACAGCAAGUCGCUCCACAGCAACAACAGCAACUGCAGCAACCUUCCAACCCUCUAACCGACCUCUUUGGCGCCCCAGAACCCUUUCAACAGCCACAAGCUCCCCAAGCCCAAGCCCAAGCACCAUCCCGAGCUGCUCCUGCAAAAGAAUCGAUCAUGUCCCUCUUUAAUACUCCCAACCCUCAUCAACCUGCUCUGGGCUUCCAAAACCCAAAUAUGGGAAUGCAAUACUUCAACCAGGCGGGUGGUGGCGGUUUCCCCCAACAUCAACAACAAAUGUUCCCUCAGCACCAGCAGCAAAUGUUUGGCCACCAACAGUUCCAGCCUCAAAUGAUGGGCAUGCAAAAUUUGGGAAUGGGAGGCAUGCAAAGGCCGGGAAUGAAUGGGAUGCCGCAGCAGGCAUAUUCCAAUGUGAACAACCCGUUUUCUGCAUCUCAGCAGCAGCUGCCACAACAGCAACAGCAGCCGACAUAUGUGUACGGAUCCAGGCCGAGUAAUCCUUUCGGAGCUACUCAACCGGGUAUGUUCACCACCUCGGCUGCCACCGUGCCACGGGCGCUCGACGUAGGUCUAGGUUCGGGAGGAUUUGGUGGCUUCCAGCAGGCUCCGGACCAACAAGCUCAGGUUGCAUCUAAACCGGAUCCGUUCGCGGAUUUGGGUCCCUCCUUUGGUGGGGCUGCGAGACCUCAGCAGCAGCAACAGCAGCAGCGACAGGUUUCUCAGCAGAACAUGCUCUUUUAAAGAAAGGAUAUAAACAAGGUUGGGUUGGUGUGUGGGUCAAUUGUUUUUCAUGGAAUUAUACAGUUCGGGUUGAUACAGGAAUAAUGUGCGACUCCGUAGCCCGUUUGUAAGCGUCCGAUAAAACAUAUAUUUGUCAUUGUGAAUGCGUA